GACAUAUCGGAAGCAGCCGAGUGGAUAAAAAGGUUAAAUGAUGCAGCUGAUGACAUGCAGGUGGUCCCUGAACGAAAGUUAAGGGUAGCCACUAGAUUAUUGGAGGGUUUAGCUUCUACUUGGUGGGAGGGCACCAAGGGUAAGUUUGACGGGGUUGUCACGUGGGACAACUUCGAGCAAGCAUUUUAUGAGCAGUUUUACACCUCUUUCGAAGUAAAUCGAAAGAGGAGGGAAUAUAUCGAUCUCAAACAGGGAAAUGAGUUUACGGUGAAGCAACUGGAACAAAGAUUCCGACAUCUGGCAAGGUUCUUGCCUGAGUAUGCCGCAAAUGAGAACCGAAUGGCAAACCAUUUUUGGAAUGCACUCAAUUUGGAAAUACGCGAAAGAGCGACCUACCAAUUCAACAUGACUUUUAGUCAAGUAGUAGCCCA